ACUUGGCUAUUAAAUUAUCUUAUCAUAAUUUCAGAAUUUUCUCUCUUCAAAAACAAAUUGUAAUUUUUAACAGAUAGUUGUCAAAGUGCUACUGAACUUAUCUCUCAUAUAUAGUUUACUAAGCAACAUAUUAAAAUGCUGCAUAUAAGAAUGAGGAAGUCUAUGAUGACUCUUUGCCACAAACGACUCUUCAGUAUUCGCGUCUUACACAAUGCGCCUCAAAAAAAUAUAAUUACGAAUAAAGAUGAAAGACAAGAAUUAAUGGCUCUAUGGCCAAAUGUUGUCAAAGAUCUAACAAAGUUCGAUGGUGAUUUAAAUAUUCCUGAAGUAACCACAAGAUUUUCUAAGUUAUUGCAAUAUAAUAUUCCAAAUGGUAAAAUGGGUCGUGGAAUAAGUCUUAUUAAUGCAUACAAAGAACUUGUCCCCGUUGAACAAUUAACUGACGAAAAUAUUCGAUUGGCACGAAUUUUAGGAUGGUGCUGUGAAAUAAUGCAUGGAUAUACAUUGUUAGAGGACGAUAUUAUGGAUCGCUCAUUAACCAGAAGAGGACAACCCUGUUGGUAUCUUCAGGACAAUGUUGGACUUUCAGCCAUAAAUGAUGGACAAUUAUUAGAACAAAUGAUCUUUAAACUACUUCAUAUGCAUUUCAGAGAAAAAUCAUACUAUCUGGAUCUUCUUGAAACAUUUCACAAAAUUAUUUAUAAGAUCCUAAUUGGUCAAAGCUUAGAUCUAUUGUCGACGAAUUGUGGAAAAAAACGCAAUUUUAAUUUUUUUACAAUGGACCACUAUAACACUAUAGUAAAAUACAAGAGUGGUUACAGUACAUUUCUACCUUCGGUAAUGUUAGCCAUGAAUGUCGCUGAAAUCAAAGACGAUGAAAUGUUUAGAGAGGCGAAAAAUGUACUUUGUGAAAUAGGUAUUUUUUAUCAAGUCCAAGAUGACUAUUUAGAUUGUUAUGGAGAUCAGGAUAUAACAGGAAAAGUUGGAACUGAUAUUCAAGAAGGAAAAUGUAACUGGUUAAUUGUUUCAGCAUUGGAAAGAGUCACUCCGGAGCAACGAAAAAUUUUAGAAGAAUGUUAUGGAGAAAAUGAUGGAGAAAAAUCAGCAAGAGUGAAGGAAUUAUAUCAUGAAUUGAAAUUGCAAACAAUUUACAACGAUUACGAAGAAAAAAAAUAUAAUUUAAUAAUUAAUCAAAUAAAACAAAAAUCCCCUCAACUAUUACAAAAUUUACUUUUAACAAUAUUGAAUUCAAUUUAUCGUAGAAAUAAAUAAAUUAUAAUUAUAUAAUUAUUAUUAUAUUUGAUUGAUAAUUAUUCAUUUCUUCACCAAUUUUCACCAUCAAUUGGAGAAAUAAAUACUUUUCGACUUUGGUUCGAAUUAUAUUAAAAAUAUUUUAAAUUCUCCAUUGUCGUGAGAAAAAAUAAUAAUUCGUCUAAUAAUAGUCGUUACUCAUUUUUGUAAAUUUUCCCAGAAAAAACAAAAUUUUGAAAACUAAUAAAUAUUAAAUUUUAAUCUAUUCAGAGACUUAUUAUAAUAUAUUGAUUCAUAAUCAAACAUAAUUAAUUCGAAUAAAUU